AUGGCAACGGCGCGGCCAACGCGGAGCAGCGCAGCACCGCUUCCUCAGCCCUGAGAGAGGCCGGCAUGUCGCAGGACACGUACAAUAGGUUAUGGACAAAUGCCCAGAAAGACCUUGACGCCCAGCUCCAGACAGAGAGAGAGCAGUUCCUCCAGCCGGAGAAGGACCACGUGAAAGCAUUCAGGAUGCUGGCUGCUUCCUACAUCAACUACCUGCAGAUCUUCCAUCGCCUGGAGGAGGCCCACAGCCACCUCAUUCACCAGCAAAAACGGGCAGCGAUUCGGCGAGUGCUGGAUGGAGUGAUUGGCCGGAUCCUGGAGAUGAAGAAAGAGAUGGUGGGGCUGGAGAACUCGGAGUUUCAUUACACCGAUAACGUCAUUGAAGAUCUAAAGCUUCUCCCGGAAGACACAGAAAUACCUAUCCCAGAAUAUUUUGUUAAAGAGAACCUGGAAGGCUUGCAGCAGAGAGAGAAAACCCUGCAUGAGAUUUUGUUGAAUGCUGGAUUGGAAACAGAGAAACCUGUCGAGGCCAUGAGGUUUGAAGAAGCCAUUAAGAUGAUCCAGGUCGCAGAGCGGGCUCGCCAAGGCCGGCGUCGAGCAUUAUUCAUGAAGCAAAUCCACCUUGAAGAGAAGAGAAAAAGACAUACAAAACUUCAGGAACAGACUGGUCCGGAUCCAGAUGACGCUGCCACUUGCAUUCAAAAGGUUUGGCGAGGAUAUAUCCAGCGCAAGAAAACAGAGAAAAUGAGAGAAGAGGAAAUGAUAUUUCUGGGGAUGAGCAACCCUCCUCACUUGAGGGCCCUUCGCAGUACCCCACACAUGCACACCAGGCAAGAAGAUGCCCUGCAAGCUGAGGUCCAGGAGAGACACGAGGAGGAAUUCAUCAAGGACAAGCUGAGAGAAACAGAGGGGCUUGACAUCAGGGAAACUCUCCAGGAUCAGAUCCGACAGUGCUUCAUGGAGUGUCGGCAUAUCAUAGGCAGGUUUCCUGAUUAUCCAGCAAAAGAAGCAGGAGGUUCAAUGGCUAUUUUUUCUCAAAAAACUCCAGAGCAGGUAGCUGCAGAGCUGGCUGCCCAAAGAGAGAUGGCUUUGCAGAAAAAAUCCCAAAAGGAAAAAAAAAGGAAAAGAAAAAGGAAAGGAAAAAGAAAAAGGAAAGAAGGCACAGAAAACUGGAAAGAAACCGUUUGGCAGAACAGAGACGAAGGAAGGGAUUUCCUCCAGGAUCACGACCCAGAGCUGAUCAAAGCAGAGAAACGGGAAGAAGUGGAGGAAGAGAUCAGAGUGCAGGUGGAUGAACUGAUGCAACAAAAGCUGGAGGAGCUCAAGCUGGCCGUGGAUGGAGAGAAGAGCAGCAAAAAGAAAAAGGGGAAAAAAAGUGAGAAGAAAAAGGCGGGGAGGAAGAAAAUAUCUGAGCUGGAGGAAGAUCUAACUCCUGACAGGACCAUCGAUUCUCUGUACAGGGAACUGGCAGAAGAAGGAGUACUAAUAAAAGCCAAGCCAGUCAAUCUCUCCGACUAUGUUGGUGAGUACAGCUAUCUGGGGACCACACUGCGCCAGGUGAACAUAGAGCCCAUGCCCUCUCUGGCCGAUAUCAGACAGCUAAUAGCACUGUAUGGAAUACUGCCAUUAGGCUCCCAAACAGCCCACGAGAAGGCUCCUUUGGUGAAAGCCUUGUUACUAGCUGGCCCCACCGGUGUUGGGAAGAGGAUGCUGGUCCACGCCAUCUGCACAGAAACAGGAGCCAACCUCUUCAACUUAUCCCCUUCCAACAUUGGUGGGAAGUACCCAGGCAAGAACGGCCUGCAGAUGAUGCUCCACAUGGUUCUCAAGGUGGCCAAGCAGCUGCAGCCUUCAGUCGUGUGGAUCGGAGACACGGAGAAAACAUUCUACAAAGCAGUGCCGAAGGCUGAAGAACAGAUGAAUCCGAAACGCCUGGAAAAGAUUCUCCCCAAAUUCCUGAAGGCUUUGAAAGCAGAGGACAGAGUGCUGCUCGUGGGGACCACCAGCCGGCCCUUUGAUGCUAAGAUCAAACCUUUCUGCAAAGUUUACCAAAAAAUCAUCCUGAUCCCUCGGCCUGACUAUGCUUCUAGAUUUGUGUUAUGGAAACACGCCAUCACACAGCACGGUGGAGAGAUCACCAAGCUGCUGAGCAUCAGCUGCCUGGCCAAGCUGUCGGAUGGCUUCACCCAGGGCUGCAUUGUGCAGGUGGUGCGGGCAGUGCUGAGCGAGCUGCGCCUCCUGCAGAUGGCCAGGAAGCCCCUGUGUACUGCUGAGUUCCUCACCCCUCUGGCCAGCCAGGACCCCGUGUACAAUGAGGAGGAGGAAACAUUUAAGGCUUGGUAUGCCAAGACACCGCUGGGCCGAGCGCGAAGCAAAGCAGCGGCGAAGAGAGAGAAAGCAGGAAAAGGAAAAGGGAAAAAGAAGUAAGAAGAUGAAGGGAAAGGGAAACGCCAACUUCCUCCAACAUCACUGGACGAGGGGGAGGCGUUGGGAAAGCAGGCAUUCUGGAAUAAAGCAUCACAAGUUACAGCUGUCUCGGGAAAGAGAACUCAUUUCUGAAUGUAUUUUUAGACGCUAAAGGAUAGGAUGAGACGUCAACGUGACGAGUGGCUCUCAGAGGAUAAAGAGUUAAUGACCAUCGGCUUGCUCAAGCAUUAUUUAUUCCAAGAGGUUUUAGGGGGCAGAGGGGUUCAUUACUCAGAACUGUAACAUGCCAUCAACUUUUAGGCUACCCUCAUUUAUUUCAGCAAGUAACUCUCCUUAAAAAUUGAUGUCACGUUAAUGUCUUUCAUUACUUUAAUAUCCUAUAUGCUUUAUAAAACUAACUGCUUUAUGUAUCUGUAAGUCUAAUGUGUUACAGUUCUCAAUAAAACUAUUACGGCCGUAAA